AUAGACCCAUAGAGUGAUCAUUUUCUUUUCUUUUUCUCAUCAUCAAUAAUGUCGAUCAUUGAAUGAAUGAAUGGCUGGAAAUAUUCGUACAUUUCAAUUGGAAACAUUUGUUUUCAUUUUUACAUUUGCCAGUACUAUUGAAGAUGUUACCAUACAAUUGGCUGCACAGGAUAAAUUCUGCAUGAACAGGUUGAAUUCGACCCGAAUUUGUUCACAUCUCUCCACUAUCGAUGAACAUUUUCAGCAUUCAAGCGACGUUCUGCUAAUGAUCAAAGAUGAAGUUCUGGUUCAGGUGACCAUGUUCAAUUUGUAUCAAACAUUGAUUGCAACCAUACCGCUGUUGUUUACAUCAUUAUUCAUCAGUUCAUGGGCAGAUCGUCAUCGGAAAUCGGCAAAAAUUCUUCUCAGUUUGGCCACGUUCAUGUGCACAAUGGAAUCGAUAUCGUUGUUGGUGAACAUCAUCUAUUUCAAUUGGAAUGUGUAUUUUAUGCUAAUAUCUUAUGUAUUCGUCCCUAUGGUGGGUGGUGCGCAAGUAGUGGCCAUGACCGUAAUCGCUUAUCUCACCAUAAUAAGCCGAGAUCAACAGCGAAUCAAACGUUUUGCCAUCUUGGAAUUGAUUGUUAUUGUAGCCGGACCGUUUGGUGUUUUCAUCGGUGGUCUUUUGAUUCGUCAAGAUCUGUUCCCGUUGAGCGAAUGGGCUCAUCAUAAUGGUCAAUUACAUAACUAUCAUUAUGUGGUAUUGACGGCAUUAUCAUUGAAAGCAUUCUCAAUCUUAUAUGUUUUGUUUACUCAAUUUCGUAAACGUCCAAAAACAAUAUCCAACCACGACGAAUCUGAUCCAUUGAUGAUUGAUAAAAAAGCUGACAAAAUGAAAAGAAAAAGUCGAAAACAUCGUCUACGAAAGUAUUGGAAAAGUAUUGGCGAUAUUUUCGUCAUGCAAAAUAUUAGCGAAUCAGUUCAGGUUUGUUGUCGUCGUCGCCAAAAUCAGCGUCACAUCUUCAUAUGGCUUCUGUUGGUUGCAAUGACAAUGGUGUCAAUGAUACGUGUUUCGCUUGGUGCCAUUGUUUUUCAAUUUGUGCAGAAAGUAUUCUUAUGGGAUGCUAGCAUGUAUUCCACUUAUAAUGCCGUGCUUUAUAUUACCACGCAUAUGUUUGGAUUGAUGGUGGUAACCCCCGGUCUUACCAAUCUCCUGCAUUUGUCCGAUUCAUCCAUCAUGAUGAUAGGAUUAUUAUCACUGAUGGCACAGAAUUUCCUACGUGGUACCAUCAUUAAUGUUUGGGUGUUUUUCCUAUCAUAUUUAUUUGGAUCACUCACCAGCUUGGUAUCGGUUUCGAUUCGCGCCCAAUUAUCCCGAUUGAUUGCCGCCGAUGAGCAAUACCGUUUGUUUGGACUGCUGACAAUGAUGGAAACAAUAUCGCCAUUAUUUGGUGUUUCAAUUUUCACCCAGAUAUUCAAUCAAACAAUAUCCUAUUAUCCUGGAUUUGUUUUUCAAUUUUCCUGCUUCAUUCUAUUGCUGCCAAUCAUUAUUGCCACGUUUAUCAACUUCUAUCUUCCUAAUCAUCAAAAUGAUAAUUAUAACAACAACAACCAAGACGACAAUCAUCAUGAUGAUGAUAUCAUUAGCACCAAUACGGCUUUACAGGAUGAUGUUUAAAUGAUAAAUGAUUCAAUCAUUCAAAUUCACCACCAAUAGAUGGCUUGUUUGUACUUUUUAU